UGCUGUAACAUUGAAGCAGGGUCACUGUGUUGCGCUUUACAACCGAACCUUUAAUUUUGAUAGAACGAUUAUCCGAAGAAAGGGACGCGCAAUAGAACACAGUCGAGUCAUUUUAUCUCGGUGAUAAAACGCGUAUCUCAAGAUGGGUGUCCCGAAAUUCUUCAGAUACAUAAGCGAGAGGCAUCCUUGUCUGAGCGAGACGAUCAAGGAAUAUCAGAUGCCAGAAUUUGAUUAUUUAUACUUAGAUAUGAAUGGUAUCGUACAUGCAUGUUCACAUCCAAAUGACAGUGACGUUCACUUUCGUAUCUCUGAGGAUACCAUUUUUAAUAACAUAUUCCACUAUAUAGAAGUACUAUUUAACAUGAUACGGCCACAAAAGUUGUUUUUUAUGGCAAUAGAUGGAGUAGCUCCUAGAGCUAAAAUUAAUCAACAAAGAAGUCGGCGAUUUAGAACCGCCAAAGAUGCUGAAGUACAAGAGGCUAAUGCUAAAAUACACGGUCUUGUGAUACCUACAGAAAAGAAAUUUGACUCAAACUGCAUAACCCCAGGAACCUUCUUUAUGGCCGAACUCACUAGGCGGCUCAAUCGUUUUAUUGUACAUAAAAUUUCUAUAGAUGAUACUUGGAAAAAAUGUAAAGUAUUAUUCAGUGGCUCUGAGGUCCCUGGAGAGGGAGAACACAAAAUUAUGGAUUUUAUAAGACAUAUGAAAGCUAGUAAAGAUUAUGACUUUAACUCUAGACAUUGUUUAUAUGGUCUAGAUGCUGAUUUAAUAAUGUUAGGUUUGUGCUCCCAUGAGCCAAAUUUCUCCCUUUUGAGAGAGGAAGUUAAGUUUGGUAAGAAGCAAAAGAAGAUUCAGACUCCUGAAGAGACAAAGUUCUGUCUCCUUCAUUUGUCACUCUUACGAGAAUAUAUAGAUCAUGAGUUCUCGCCGGUCAAAGACAAGAUAUCUUUUCCAUAUGACAUUGAGAAAAUAAUUGACGAUUGGGUUUUAAUGGGAUUCCUUGUGGGAAAUGAUUUUAUUCCCCACUUGCCAAAUUUACAUAUUACCAGUGGUGCACUGCCAAUUCUGUACCGUGCAUACAUGGAAGUAUUGCCAACGUUUGAAGGUUAUAUAAACGAAACGGGAACAUUAAAUCUGAACCGAUUUGAGAAGUUUAUGGAGAGACUAAGUCGUUUAGAUGUAAAGCAGUUUAACGAACAUUAUGCUGACUUAAAGUAUUUUGAAAGUAAAACAGGUAGAAAGCCUAAUGAAUUUGAACGUCAUAUAUAUAAGAAAUCGGAAGAUGGAGAAGCAACAUCUCCUAAAAAAAUACAAAAUAAAGAUUUAGACGCUUUAAUUAAGUCCACUGCAGAGAUGUCCUUAGGACACUCUGACGAAGAUGAUGAUUUGGAUAUGAUGGACGAUGAAUCAGACAGUGAUAUAUAUCAUAUGGAAUUUGUACAGCAUAAAAGAGAUUAUUAUAUGAACAAGUUAGAGUACAAAAAUGUUGACGCGGACUUUUUACGUUCACAAGCAGAGGGUUAUGUGAGAGCGAUACAAUGGAAUUUACAUUAUUAUUAUAACGGUUGUUGUAGUUGGUCGUGGUAUUAUCCACAUCAUUAUGCCCCGUACAUUUCAGACAUAAAAGACUUCAAGGAUUUAAAGCUGGAAUUUGAAUUGGGAGAACCAUUCUUACCUUUUGAGCAAUUGCUGGCUGUGUUACCAGCAUAUAGCAAGGACCUAUUACCGGUAACGUUUCAAUCGUUAUUGGUAGAAAAGGAUUCUCCCAUUAUCAGUUACUAUCCAACUGAUUUUAAGACCGAUUUAAAUGGUAAACAGCAAGAAUGGGAAGCAGUUGUACUUAUUCCAUUCAUUGAUGAGAAAUUAUUGUUGGCUGCUAUGCAGCCACACUUGUCAAAGCUAACACCGGAGGAAAAGCAACGAAAUGCGCACGGGCAAAUGCGUUUAUAUUCGUAUACUGAUGAAGAUUUAGGUGUUUGCGAAGCUACAUCACACUUCUCGAAAAUAAUUAAUCACGCUCAAGUAACAUUGAUAAGUCGCGAUGACAUUUUCUUACCAAAAGAGCAAUUAAUCCGAGGCUUGUCCCCGGGUUUCGACAUAAACGUUUAUUAUCCUGGAUUUCCUAAGUUGCAGCAUAUACCUCAUACGGCGAGUCUAACAAAAGCAGAUGUGAAAGUAUUCCAACAACCAUCACGAGUAGAAAAUAUGAUUUUGCAUAUAUUGGAACAGAAUAGUCCACAGGAUUUGGAAAACUUAGCGCCGCAACUAUUAGGGAAGAUCGUGUACGUUAAUUGGCCUUACUUGAAGGAGGCCCUCGUGAUCGGUGUGUCUAAUAAUAACGUAAAGUUCACUUUAAUCGAGGCACUGGUCGAUUACAGUCACGACAAUGUGAGCAAAGAAGACGUGUCAACCACGGAAUGGAAUAUACAAAAGAAACAUAUCAGUGAGACAUAUAUGUCUCGUCUUGGGAUAUCUAUAGGCCAUACGGACAUACUGCUCUACGCUCGUCCUCUCCUAAGUACCAAGUACGUUUUCAAUACCAAUGGAGAACUGACACUCGAGAAACAGUGGGCCAAGUUGGCCGUGCCGUAUGCUUAUCAGACGGUAGUCAGGAACAUUCCCGUUUAUUACAAGAGCGAACCGCUCUACAAGAGUAUGUACGACAUUUUCGUACCAGGAAGCAUUUGUUUCAUGCUGGGCUACCCGCACUACAGUGCGAUAGGAGAGGUCUUGCCACAUGGUACGGACAAUACGAAGCAGCACAGAAUCCAAAUCUCCAUGACGGUUACGAAAGAGCCAACGUUUGAGAUCGUUAAACAAAUUCAUGCUCAACAGAAGACACGAUACAUGCAUGGUAGUAUCGCCGCGCAACGUCUUGGGAUAAGUAGUCAUCUCUUGAGCAGAAUCACUGGCACAAUUUACGUUAUACGGACAUCAAAUGAGUUGGAGGUUACGAAACUUAAUAUCGGAUUGAAUUUGAAAUUUAACAAGAAAAAUGAAGAGGUACCUGGUUACACUAAGAAGGAAAACAGCCAAUGGUUGUACAGUAUAAGGGCAAUUGAACUGAUCCGCAGUUACAUGGUCAAAUGUCCCAACUUGUUUGAACGCUUAGCGGUAAAUGUGACGAAUGAUAUAUUUCAAGAAGAGGAAUUAUUUGACAAAAAAUCGGACGAGCUGGAAAAUAUAGUCGCUUGGCUGAAAAUGGAACUACGUGAUAUAGAGAGCCGCGCUUGCGGAAUAGAAGCCGUUGACACGGAAGUAGUACAGCAGAUGGAGGAGGAAUUGAAGCAGUACCUGAACACGCAGAGUGCUAACAGCAAAACUGUGACGAUGCAGGUGAAGCCGCACUUGCUUUUUAAGCCGGAAUUACAUUUUCGCAACAUGGUACCUCCUGAUCCACAUGCCCUGCAUCGUUUAUUGGACCGUAUUCGCUGCGUUCGAAGAGGCUUCACCGUACCGAUCGGAGCUAAAGGCACUAUUAUAGGAAUACAGAAGGCGAACAUCCAAGUGGACACGAUGUUCGACGUGUUAUUCGACCAGCCUUUCAUAGGCGGUUUCUCGAUCAAUGGUUGUUCCGAAUCGCGCGGAUAUCGCCUGGCGAUCACAGAUUUCCUGAACAUUAGCCACGGCGAGAGAAUUGAACACGGGAAUUCAAUAAACGAACCGACAGAAAACUGGCGACAAAUGGCUAAUGCCAGUUCACCGAAAAGGAACAUCCGUCAGUCGCCGAAGGUGUCCCCGCAGAUGUGUCUCGCCAAGAAGGGUCUUGAGAAAUUGAAUCAAGAUAUACUAUCGAAAAUGGAGCUGUGCAAGAAAACGAUAACGACGCCCAGCAAAGUACCGUCGCAGAACGCGUCUUCAUCAAAUCAGUCGUCCGAAUUUCAAACAUUGUGGAACGAGUUGCAUAAGAUGCAGAAGUCGAGUUUACCGCCGCCGCCGCCGUCGGAGAAAGUAUUAUUGGGUCCGCUGAUAACAGUCGAGCCAUUUGGCAAUAAUCACAAUAAUAUACAAUCGCAGUCGCAGGAUCCCAGUGCAUUCUUGAAAGCAAUGUUGAAAAUUUCUGGCGAGCAGACUCCGACAAGUACGCAACAAGGUAAUCAAUCAACGUCACAAUCCACGGGAACGUCCCAGAAAAUAACAAUUGCUGAGAUGGACCGAACAUCGAAUCCGCCUCCACCUUUGGUGCAACAAUGGUUUGACCAUGCUCGGCGUGUUGAGGGAAAACAAGAAAAAACAAGUCCAAUCUGGCAUUGUUCACAAUUAUUGAAACAUUUCUCGUGCCACAGGAUUGGUAUGCCAAAGUACAGUUAUUUUGUCGACGAAAAAACUGGUCUAAUUACCUGCCAGAUUAUGGUGCAAGAUUCAAGCUUUAGAGGCGAUCCUUGCGCUACUCAUGAACAAGCCGCGGAAAGUGCCGCGAGGAAAACAUAUAAGACGUUAAAUUUGGAUAAGAUAUUAACGCCCGACACGAAAAUGAUACCGGCGCCUCAGCAACAAUGGUACAACGGCCAACAAAAUAGCUCUUGGGUCCAAAAUAUCCGGCCUCCUAUGAUGCCGAUGUGUCCACCGAAGAUGCCACCAAUCCCACAAAAUUUAAACAUGCAGCCCAACUUAUUUUACCCAAAAUGGAAUCAGAAACUGCCACCAAAUCCAGGGUUUAUCCAAACCGCGUCGUAUAGUCAAGGAAGACAACAGCAAGGAAAACCUCUGUCGAGCCAGUCCAAAGUAGAGGUAAAACAGAGCACCGCGUUUGUUCCGUUACAGGCUCAGAAGAAGAAUAGAAAUGCCAGCGUGAAGCAGACUCCAAAAGAAACGAGUCCGAGCGCCAAAAAAAAUCCUACUUCCAAAACGCAGCAACAGCAACAUCCAAAAAAGGAAGAAACUCAAAAAAUACUACUCAAGAACGAAGCAUCGGAAGUUGUAAAUAAGAUCAAGAAGAAAGAGCCAAGCGAGCCUCAAAUAUCACAACAACCGCAGAGUGCGACGGCAAAAACGUCCAAGCCAAGGAGAUCGCGCGUUGCCGCGAAAUUCGGCACACAAGUUUUGCCGAACGGCGAUGAACCCCAGUGAAGGCUUUACUUCACUCGGUAUUCACAACGGGGGAGUAGAUCUCUUCCACGGAUUAUAUGUGCAGAUUUUUCUUUGAUCCCCAUCGGGCCAGUAUUUCAUCGGAUUUCGAAGGUUUUAUGUCCACACGCUGAAAACAAUUUUCGUACUUGUUAUAUGUACGAUCGCAUACACGAAGGAAUCGUUAUGUAGACUUCUGGAGUGAAAUGUAUAUACACAUACACACAUACACGCACUGAACUUAUAUACAUAAUAUACAACAUAAAGGACAUUAUUGUAAGUGAGAAUGAUUAUUUUACUAUUUACUUUGUCUUUUGUACAAUCCACAAUGUACUGACGUAUUUUCAUUUA